CCUAUUACAGUCCGUCCUUUGCAGUGAAAAGCCGCUUUCUGCAAGUUUCUCAGUCCUCUUGCCCUAAUUCACUCCCCUCCCCUCUUUCAGAAGUUACAUCCAAGAUGGAACGUUUCUGUCUCCCAUCUGUAGAGAACAAAGAGAAAACAACACAUUAGGAAAAAAGAGAUUUUAUAAAUUGCAAAAGGAGAGGGAAGAGGGAGGGAGCUUUCCAGCUGCCAAAACGUCAGUCCAACGCGCUUUAAAACUUUGGAUAAAUCUGACCCGCUGAUUCGGGCAAAAACGAGAGCAAGGGGGCAGAGAGGUCGAAGGAGGGGAGGGAAAGCGCGACAAGCGGAGCGAGUGUUGUGUCUGGCCCUCGUUCCUCCUCCUCCACUAUCAGGCCGGCAUGCGAUGCACUGCAACUGAGCAACUUCGGCCUGGAGAGAGCGGAGCUCGGCAGCUUUGAAGGAGCUGGGAACGAGAGAUGCUUCUUUGGAGGGGGGAAAACAGCACACACAAAACCACCACACGCAGCAAAAGUCAUCCCUGCAUUUAAUUAAUUCCAAAAUCGGGGGGAAAGGGAGAGAAAGCAGCUGGAGGCAAGAAGAGGAAGAUUACCUAUUGCCCCAGCAGCUGCCUCUCGGUUUCCUUCUCCGCACCUCCCUCCCCAUCUCUCACACACGCGCGCACCCGCCUCCCCUCCCUCCUCGCGCCCCCUUGUUCGCUCCUGGGGUUGCAGCCAGAGGCUCAUUAGUAGGAGGGAGGGCGAGGAGUCCGUGUGUCUCCCUCGCUCUCCGUCGUCGUCGCAUCUCAAGUUGGCCCCAGUUGGCAGGCGAUUGAGUUUGGGAAGCUGGGGAGUUCAGAAAGCACUUGACGUCUCUCUCCCUCCGCCCCCCCAACAAAUACGACUCUCUCUGCUUGAAAGGAAUCGGAGCACAGCCAGAAAAGGGGGGAAACCCGCGGAAGUUCUCUGUGGAUUUUGCGUCGCCACUGGAUCGCUUCGUCUUGUGCCUUCUGGUUUUGAAUCGCCUUGUUAUUUCGUCGCCGUUGCACGUCUGGGCGUGAAGUUCUGUUUGUUUUCUUCUGGGAGGACUCCGGGAUCCGGCGAAAGGCAAGACGGGGAGCGAGGAGAGGGGGGAGGAGAGGGGGGGAGAAACCAGAUCCCUCGCUGGCUUUUCCUCUCCUCCCUUCCUCGCACCUUUUACACUUGCAAUUACUGCUCCCCGUUUGGGGAGGGCGGAUAUUUCUUUUCGUUCAAAUUGACUCGCUCCCUCGCUCUGUUGUGUGUGCGUGCGUGGAGGAGAUCGCGAGCUUCCCGAGAAGCACUGGCUGGAGUUGACUUGGCUAAGCCGGGCUGAGGCGCCCUGUGCCCGGCCAAGGCUCCCUUCCUUUCGCUGGAUCCCUCUCUUCCUGCUUCGAGCCCCAGGAAGUGGUGGGCAUUUUUCAUGUACAGUAUAUCUAUAUAUCUACAAAAGCGCAAAAUAGCAGAGCCGGUUCAGGAAAAGCCUCCUCGCCUGCCUCUCUCGAAUCCACCGCCUGAUGCUGUCUGGGCUUUUUUUGGAGGUGGUGCUUGGGCUGUUCUUCUUCGCAGGCUAUGAAGCUUCUGCCUUGAAGAUGGAGACUAUUUGGGUUUUAUUCCUCUCUCUGGUCCCGGUGUACACCAGGGGACAAGGGGUCUACGCUCCUGCUCAGGCCCAAAUCAUCCAUGCUGGGCAAGCAUGUGUUGUAAAAGAAGAUAACAUCAGUGAACGAGUGUACACGAUUCGGGAGGGUGACACCCUUGUUCUGCAGUGUUUGGUUACGGGGCACCCACGGCCACAGGUGAGGUGGACCAAAACUGCUGGCAGCGCCUCGGACAAAUUCCAAGAGACAUCGGUGUUUAAUGAGACCCUUCGGAUUGAGAAGAUCCAGAGGCUGCAGGGGGGUCGCUAUUAUUGUAAAGCAGAGAAUGGGGUUGGGGUCCCUGCCAUCAAGUCCAUUCGAGUAGAUGUGCAGUAUUUGGACGAGCCCAUCCUCACUGUUCACCAGACCAUCAGCGACGUACGCGGCAGUUUCUAUCAGGAGAAAACAGUCUUCCUUCGCUGCACAGUCAACUCCAACCCACCUGCUCGCUUCAUCUGGAGGCGGGGCUCCGAGACCCUUUCCCACAGCCAGGAUAACGGAGUGGAUAUCUAUGAGCCGUUAUAUACACAGGGAGAAACCAAAGUCCUGAAGCUGAAAAAUCUGCGACCCCAAGACUAUGCCAGUUACACAUGUCAGGUGUCUGUUAGAAAUGUUUGUGGCAUUCCUGACAAGUCAAUCACCUUUGAACUUACGAACACAACAGCUCCACCAGCCCUGAAGUUGUCUGUCAAUGAGACCUUGGUGGUGAACCCGGGAGAUAAUGUCACCAUUCAGUGUCUGUUGACUGGUGGGGACCCUUUGCCCCAGGUCGUCUGGUCCCACUCACCUGGCCCUAUGCCCCGCAACAGCCUUAUCCAAGGGGGAAACCUCACCAUCUGGAGCAUCCGUGCAGAAGAUUCAGGGUAUUACAAUUGCACGGCCAUCAACAACGUGGGGAAUCCAGCCAAGAAGACAGUGAACCUUUUGGUGCGAUCCAUGAGGAAUGUUACAUUCCAGAUCACUCCUGAUGUGAUUAAAGAGAGCGAGACCAUCCAGCUAGGGCAGGACCUGAAGCUCUCAUGCCAUGUGGAUGCUGUCCCCCAAGAGAAGGUUUUCUACUUCUGGUACAAAAAUGGGAAGCUGGCCAAGAUCUCAGACCGGCUAGUUGUCAUCAGGAAUGAUCCAGAACUUCCUCCGGUGACUAGCAGCCUGGAGAUAAUUGACCUACGCUUCACUGACUAUGGCACGUACCUGUGCGUUGCUUCUUUUCAAGGAGCACCCAUUCCUGACCUCAGUGUUGAGGUGAACAUUUCUUCAGAAACAGUGCCUCCAUCCAUCAUGGUGCCCAAAGGUCAGUCCACCAUCACUGUGCGCGAAGGCUCUAGGGCAGAGUUGCAGUGCGAAGUCCGGGGGAAGCCCAAGCCUCCCAUCCUUUGGUCCAGAGUAGAUAAGGAGGCUCCUAUGCCCUCAGGUGCCAUGACAGUGGAGACAAGCGACGGGAAGCUGCAUUUGGAGAAAGUCACCCGAGAACUGAGUGGGACUUACAAGUGCCAGACAGCCAGGUACAAUGGCUUCAACAUUAGACCCCGGGAAGCCCUGGUGCAGCUCAAUGUACAGUUCCCUCCAGUGGUGGAGCCCAUUUUCCAGGAUAUCCGGCAAGCUAUAGGGCGCAGUGUCACCCUUCGCUGCACCAUGCUCAAGGGAAGCCCCAUGAAAGUGGCUACAGCUGUCUGGCGAUUCAAUGGGAGUCUCCUGACAGUGCCUCUGACAGAGCAGCAGGACUUCUCCGAGUACAAGGUGGACAGUGUGAGCCGGGAGACGAGUGGCAACUACGAAUGUAGCAUCUCCAAUGACGUUGGGGUGGCAACCUGCCUCUUCCAGGUGUCUGCUAAAGCUUACAAUCCUGAGUUUUAUUAUGAUACCCCUAAUCCUACCAGAAAGCAAUCCAAGAACUACUCCUAUGUUUUGCAGUGGACACAGAAGGAGCCUGAUGCAGUUGACCCCAUCCUUAGUUACCGGCUAGAUGUCCGUCAGAUGAAUCACAGGGACCUGCCCCCCAAAUCCAUUUCUGUGCGGAAGGUGGAAAAGGGCAUGCUGCAAGAAUACCUCCUGACUGACCUGAAGGUGCCUCUGAGCUAUGAAGUUCGCCUCACACCCCUAACCCGCUUUGGGUCUGGGGACAUGGCUACCCGCACCAUCCACUAUAUAGAACCAAUCAGCUACCCCAACCCAGUAGGGAACACCUGUCAUUUUGAGGAUGAGAAGAUCUGUGGAUAUACACAAGACACAACUGACAACUUUGACUGGAUUCGUCAGAGUGGUCUGACCCACGACCCCAAGCGCUCUGCCAACACGGGCCCAACCAUGGAUUUCAGUGGGACACCAGAAGGCUACUACAUGUUCAUCGAGGCGUCUGCACCCCGGGUGAAGAACGACAAGGCUAGGCUGAUCAGCCCCAUGUACAACAUGACUGCCAGAUUCUGUGUCUCCUUCUAUUAUCACAUGUAUGGGAAGCACAUUGGCUCCUUAAACCUCUUGGUUCACGUGAAGAAUAAGCAGCCCACUCAAGCCUUGUCACUCAAAGGGGACAAAGGAAAUGCCUGGCAACAAGCACAUGUACCUAUCAACCCUGCAGGACCUUUCCAGAUCAUCUUUGAAGGCGUCCGUGGCACAGGCUCAGAGGGAGAUAUUGCCAUUGAUGACGUCACUCUAAAAAAGGGAGAUUGUCCAAGGAAGCCUGUUGUCCCAGACAAAGCAGUUGUCCUUCCAGAAAACGGUGCCAUCACCCAAGACAAAUUUCCCCUCUGUGGACCGUUACUUUUCUUCCUUUUUGUCCUGCUCAGAUGAUAGCAAGCGAGUACGUCCGUCUUCUGAGACUUUCCUCCUCCUUUCCUACUUGGUCACCUCUGCUCCUCUUCCUCCCCCUCCUCACUGGCACACCAAAGUGUCCAUACCAAAGACUGAUAAGCAUGACGACCCAAAGGGGAUCCAGCUCAGAACAUGGAAGGAUUCCUGGAGGAAGUCAUAAUGUCUAAAAGAAAAAGAAAACAAAUCUUGAUUAUUAAAAAAAAACAAAAACACAAGAAAAAGAGGGAGGAAGCAAUGGAAAGAAGAGAUGGAAACAAUGGAACGAAAGGCAAAGAUGAGAAUGACAAAGCUAUUUAAAAGGAUGAAUGAAAGCGGGGGAAAGCCACAUUUCCUUGGGAAUAGUGGACAGGACUUCCUCAGGGAAGUGGGAACUUUUGUUUUAAACAAAAACAAAAUAUAUUAAAGCACAAAUUUCUACAAGAA